GAUUUAUAAAAUGAUAACAUGCAGCAACGCUUACUCAUAUUCACAUUGCAAAUAAUCAACUUGAACUGAUCAUGACUGGUUUUAAUCAUAAAUGUGGCCAGUUACAAAGGCUCCGCCUCUAAAGUAGACAGUUCCUUCCUGGAGUCAUAUUAAAAACACUGCAGAGCUACAAGCAGUCGCAGCAUGAAGACCUUCAUCUGGUUCAAUACUGUCGUUAUCUGCAGCAUCAGCUGGAUCUCUGUCUCAGAGGCUCAGUCUCAGACUGUGAAGGUCCAGUCUGGUCAAAGUGUCACACUGAGGUCCCCCAAACUGCCUGGUGAUGCUGUGAUAAUCUGGUCCAGAUUGAUCAAAACAACCAAUGCCAGCUGUAUCUGUUAUAAGAUCGAACUUAAAAAUGAAACUCAAUUCUGUGAAGGAUUUAAGGAUGGAAACAUUGAAAUGGGAGUCAACGCCACUGGAGUGCAGCUCACAAUCAGAAAAGUUAAUUUAUCUGAUUCUGGAAUUUAUUUUUGUGAAUUUUACAGUGGAGAAAACAACAUUUACCAUGUGAUAUAUUUAGAUGUUGAAGGUAAGAAUAUGGCAGGCAGUGAAGAAACUCAGGACCACUUGGACACAGCGUGUCAAACGCAAUGUAAUAAAACAACAUGUGUGAUGAGCCUGAUCCUCGGUGGUGUGACUGUUUUCCUUCUCCUGGUCGUUACUGGUCUGGUUGUUUCACUCAGGAAACUUCAAACAGCUGAGAAUGAGGAACAGAAAACACAUCAGCAGGAGAAUCCAGCCUCUGAUGACCUGAACUAUGCAGCAGUGAGUUUCCGUCAAAAAGAAAGACGAAGAGAAGUGGAGCCAAACGUUGUGUAUUCUGCUACUAGAUAGACUGAAGAAGCAACAAACAGAUUAUUGCAAACUGAGGACUGAUUUAUAACAAGUUGAAAAAAAACUCUGACUGAUGCUCAUGAGAAUCUAUGAUUGUUUUGGCAAAAAUAACCUAGUUUUAAUUUUUUUUCUCCAUUUAAAGCUGAAAUGAUUUACAAUAUUGUGCGUGUAAUGGAGUAGGAAAAUGUACCAUCAACCAACCAGUUUUACACCUGUCUAUCGGUUUCUAAAAUAAAUACUAACA